UAAAAUCAGUAAACAAGUCAUUAACUCUGACAGAAUGAAAGAGAGGAUGUCCCUUUCCUGGUUUGGUCAUAAUACACUUGUCAUUUCCUCCCCUAAUCUGAGUAAUCUUCUGUGUUUUAAGCUUUGUGUGGUUGGAUACAGAGAGAAGAGAAGAGUUAAACAGGGGAGGGGUGAAAAAUGAGAAUGCUUCAGCUGGCUCAGUACGAAAUACCUUAGGCGUGGUUUUAAAUGAUUUCCUUAUGCUCUCUGAGGGUCUUUAGAUCUCAGAAAAGGCAGGAAAAGGCAGCCGUAGUAACUUGGGACCGUCGAAAGCUCAACCAAAUCCAGUUUAAGGUGACUAGGGGAACGUUCUCAAACAUGGCUACUCUCAGCAGAAAUAAUGAGGAGAACUUGAAGGAGAGUCGGCACAACAUAAUAAAUGAGGAGCCGAGGGAUCCUGCCACCGAGACGUCCGACACACUGCUCCCACCAGAUGUGUUGUGUGACUCGUGCAUGGACAGCUCCAGCGAGGCCCUAAAAUCCUGUCUGACCUGUCGGGUUUCUUACUGCGAGGCUCAUCUCAGACCCCAUCUGGAGAACGUCAAAUUUCAAAACCAUCGUCUGGUGGAUCCCCUCCACGACGUCGACUGUCAGACGUGUGAGCUUCAUCAGCGUCCUCUCGAACGCUUCUGUCUGAUGGACGGCUGCUGUGUGUGUCUGGACUGUGAGAACCAGGAGCACGAAGGGCACACGACUGCGUCUGUCGGGGAGGCACGGACACAGAUUGAGACUGAGCUGCAGAAGAAACAAGAAGAGAUCAGUCAAAGUGCCUCAGCAGCUGAGAUAGCGAUUGGAAAGCUACAGAGUAACAAUGACCUAAUUAAGUCGUCUGUGCAAGAGGUUUGUGUUAUUGUUGAACAGCAGUUUGCCAGGCUGCAGACAACCAUGGAGGAGGCCAGAAAAGGGGUGGUGGAUGUGCUGGAGGGGGAGCAGAGAACGGCCCUCAGACAGGCAGAGGGCAUCCAGGCACAUCUGGAGCAGAGGAAAAGCGAGCUCAUGAAAACUGUGGCCCAAAUGAACAAACUGUCCAGGAGCAAGUCUGAUGUAGACUUCUUGCGGGAGUAUUCAGAGUGGAAGAAAGGCGUGGCAGACGUAUGCCGGCCUAGUCCGCACAUCAACCGCAUGGACCAUUUAACCUCUUACGUCCAGGUAGUGACUGAUUCUACCCAGGAGCUGUGUGGCCUGAUCCUCUCCUCCUACAACGAAAAACUGAAAUGUAUUUGUAAAAGUGGUACUAAGUCCCAGAUGCCAGAAUCUGAACCCUCACCCCUCACUGAUCCUGAGACGCGAGAGGACUUUUUGAAAUACACAAGGAGUUUGACCUUUGACACAGACACCACCCAUCAAUUCCUCCGCGUAACGGAGGACAACAGAAAGCUGACCAACACCAGCCCCUGGCAGCACAGCUACCCAGACCACCCGCGUCGCUUCGAACAUUGGCGUCAGGCAAUAACUUCAGACAGCCUUUACCUUGGGAGGCACUAUAUUGAAGCAGACCUGAUUGGGGAGGGUGCACAUAUAGGAGUCACGUACAGGAGCAUCGAUCGUAAAGGAGAGCAAAGCACCGGCUGCAUCACUGGAAACGACUUUUCCUGGUGCGUGGGAAGGAACAGCCGAGGUUGCUUUGCCUGGCAUGCUGGUGCGGAGACGCCCUUGGAUGUCACCGAUAUUACGAGACUUGGCUUGUAUGUCGACUUUCAUCGAGGCUCUGUGUCUUUUUAUGAUGCCACCGGUCCUAUGAGGCAGCUCCACAAGUACACGGCUGAUUUCAUAGAGCCCUUAUAUGUUACAGCCUGGCUGUCAAAAAAAGACAACGUGGCUUCUCUCGUUAAUGAGAAAUUAUGUAAGAAAUGAUCACCUGCCUUCACUGCAAGUUUGUGUUAUAAAUCUUUAUUGAGGUUACAUAACAAGGUAUAUAAAGUUAUGGUACAUUUGGAGGAUUUUUUCACAUACAUGUCAUUGAAGGUUAAAUUUACUACCUUCUCGUGUUAGGAAUUUACUGCAGUUUUAUUGCAACUAUAUUGCUCUUGAAUGUGACAUGAUUGAGGAAAAAAAGUACGUAAUCUGACAACAAUUCUUUUAUUUGUUGUACAAGUGCAUUUGCUGAAUUAUCAUAAAGCUAUAAUAGGAUUUAUUGUUUAUGAAGGGUCUGUAAAAUCAUCAAGUUAAUGCAAAAGUACUUUGGAAAGCAUUAACCUCCUUAAAGUCCACUGCAGUAAAAUUCAGGCAUUGAAAUCUGUUUCAUUCUCAUCAUAAAGUGGAUUUAUAAAGUGCACACCUGUCUGAGUCAUGGAGAUAGAAUGCUUUGUUUCAGCCGUAUACACGCCAGGAAUAUCAGGCAGCAUGUUGGGCCUGUCAAAAAUGGGAUUGUCAAAGCCGUGGUCAAUAGGCCCGCCAACGUCUCCAACAUCGGCGCUCUUCUUCAAGCUGCUCAGAGACGGCAGUGACGGCAGUGACAAUGGCAUUUGAACAACCCCUUUACGAACCAGCACCACCACGAUGAUGAUUGUAAUCAUAAUCAAAACUCCAAACACAACUCCAACCACCAUCCCAGCACUUCCUCCAGUCUGAUCACUGCUGCUCCCAGAGGAGGCUUGAAAUUCAGCCUCAGUGAUUCCCAGGUUUGAGCCAUGAGAAUGGGCAUCUUUCAGUAUGUCCCGGGCCAGACCCUCGGACUGCGAUCCCUUCUCUCCAUCCACAACAACCACCUGGAUCUCUGGCGAAGCACCAAAAGGGAUGACCCCCAUCAACCGCUGUGACUUUAAGACUUUAGACAUACCCAGCUGAAUGGAUUUGUAUUUUGGCAAGAUAAGAAAUAGGUGGUGGAUUCGAUCCCUGUAAGUUUGCAGGUUGAAACCAGCGGCAUAGUGAAUGGUGACGAUGGCGCCACAAACAUUACAGCAGUGUCCUACAGGGAGGAGAGGCUUCUUACAGCUCAGAGUGCCACAUGUUACAGUGUUACAUAUCCGCUGAUGGUUAACAGAAUUCCCACAGUCGCAGCCAGAAGGAUCCCCACACUCUUGGUUUCCAACAGUGACGCCAGUGGAUCCUUGAAACUGCAGCUGGCCUGAACGUGAGCCGAGAUACUGGGAGAACUCAGAUCUGCUGUCAAACUUCUUCCCCAGCACAGACACCGAUUUGACAGGAAUGCUAGACUGACUGGAGCUGGUGUCCACCCUGAAAGAGGAGCGGGCUUUAAAAACCACAUCAUCAUACUGGCAAGGGACACUCUCCUCGUGGACUGAGAACAAGAAGUUUCCACGCUGCAGGUCUUCCAGAGUUGCAGCUGCCUGCCACAGAGCUGGGUUGAACCACUGAAGAGACUCUGAAUCCCUGAACUGGGUCGUGACACCAGCUCCGCAGCCUGGAUCUUUUCCGCUCACAACAUAAAAUCCAGCUCCUGAAUUUAGGAUGAGCUCUCCAUCGUCUGGCAGCCUCAUCUCCUGCACAGCAUGCGUGGUCUCCACGAACACAGACACUUUUCUCUGGGCUGGAAACUGAACUAUGUCGUUGCCACAUGGAACAGCCCCUUUGUCCCAGUUGGUCUUAUUCUCAUAGUUGGUGUCAGGAAUCCACUGUUUUUGCAGGGCAUCCACUGCCCCGACAAGACAGAAGAAGAGAAGGAGCAUGUCCGGUGUUUUCAGCAUCCUGAACAUUUGUGAUGGACUGAGAGAACAUAAGGUGACCUUUGUUUCCAACCUUGUGACUAACACAUGAGUGCACACAGCUUUCCAGUAAAGUUGAUGAGCUCCGAACCACAUCGACCUGGACAAGCAGGUGACCUGUAAACGAUUUACAAAUCUGCAACAACAGAUUUUUUUUUUUUUUAGUUUGUCUAUUAUCAGAAUAUCCUGAACACUUAUGAAUACAUUUCUAUGCAUUUUCUAGAGUCCAGUGGUCCUCAUCAGGCAUCGACACCAAUUCUUCUUUUGCAGGGACAAGAUUUGCUGAAGGGAUAACUUCUGGACAGUCCUCGUAGCUCCUUUUGCCCCUCAGUUACUGGAGUCCGCCUGGAAACUUUGCUGAUAAACUAAUGACAAAAAUAAAAAAAAAAGUAUUAU